AUGGUGAGCUACGGGGGCCGCAUCCAGCCGCGCCCGCACGACAACCAGCUCUCCUACGUCAACGGCGACACCAAGAUCCUCUCCGUCGACCGCCCGCUCCGCUUCCCCGACUUCUACGCCCGCCUCGCCGGCCUCGCCGCCGCCCGCGCCGACCUCUGCGUCAAGUACCAGCUCCCCGGCGAGGACCUCGACGCGCUCGUCUCCGUCACCAACGACGAGGACCUCGACCACCUCCUCAUCGAGUACGACCGCCUCCACCUCUUCCGCGCCGCGCCGGGAUCUGGCAGCUCGUCCAGGGGCGGCUCCACGCCCCGGCUCCGCGUCUUCCUCUUCACCGUCGCCCCGCCCCCGCGCCCGGCAUCCCCGCCCAAGCAGCCGCCGCAGCAGGACCUGCAGCGCGACUGGUACCUCGACCUCAAGUCCGCCAGCCCGCCUCCGCUGCCGCAGGCCCUGCCGCCCCCGCCGGCGCAGAUGCAGAGCCAGCAGAUGCAGCAGCAGCCGCAGAUGGUGAUGAAGCAGGAGACGGCGCCCGUCCAGUCGCCCCCUCCCGCGGCGCCCAUGGCCGUGCCGCAGUCGGUGGUGGCGGCGUCCAAGACGGGCCCCGACUACCUCUUCGGCUUCGACUACGGCUUCAUGCCGCCGCCCGCGGUCAAGGUCAAGGACCCGGCCGGCGAUCCGCCCAAGAUGAGAGACAACGUCCCCGUCGAGAUCCCGCCCAAGAACGAGGACCGGCACCCCAACCCCAACCCCGCCGCCGACAACAACAACAACGCCAUGGUGUCUCCCGCCGUCUCGCCCGCCGAGUUCCCUCGCCAGAUCCCGGACCUCGACAAGCUCCAGCUCGCCGACAACGCCACCCAGCAGCAGCAGCAGCAGCUACCACCAGCUCCUGCUCCUGCUCCGGCUCCCCAGGCCGCCCCUGCUCCUGCUCCGGUCGUCGCCCCGGCCGCCCCUGUCCCAGCGCCCUUGUCGAGGAACGGCAGCGACGACUCCCUCACCCGCGCCUACCCUCCAGCCACCGCCACCCCGACCGCCGCAGCAGAGUACUAUGUCACCAAGUUCCCGGAGAAGCCCCCAGUCCCGCCUCCAUCAUCGGCUCCCCCCGCGGCGGCCUUCCUGCCGGUGCCGGGCAGGUAUGGAUCUGUUGCCCCUGGCUCCGGCGCUGACCCUGGCCCUUUCUUCUUCAUCCCGGCGCCGCCCCACGGGUACUACACCAGCGCCAACCCCGGCGGCACCUCCUACUACGCCGUCCCGCACAACAACGGCAAUGCCAACGGGAACGGCACCGCACCGGCCCCCGCCGUGUCGAGCGCUCAGGGCUACCCGCAGGUGGCGUACGACAGCAACGGCCGCGCCGUCUACUACACCGGCCUGCUCCCACAGUACCCUUCGGCCGUCAACGGCGGCGGCAUGUCGGCUUCCUCGGCGGUGCUCGGCACGGAGCCGUCGAAGCCGGUGGCGGUGAAGCCGACCGUCUCGUGA